GGUCUCUUUUGCCCUGUCCCUGCCCAGAGACAGGCGCCUGUUGGUGCUGUACGAGGAUUGCCGGAUGGUGUCUGUCACCGCCCCGUAUGUGGCGGGGUUCUUGGCCUUCCGAGAGGUCCCUUUCCUGGUGGAAGCUGUUCAGAGACUCCAGCAGGAGGAGCCCGGUCUCAAACCUCAGGUACUUCUUGUAGACGGGAAUGGCCUGCUCCACCCCAGAGGAUUUGGUGUGGCCUGUCACCUUGGAGUCCUGACGGAUCUGCCGUGCGUUGGCGUGGCCAAGAACCUCCUGCAGGUGGAUGGCUUGGUCAGGGAUGACCGGCACAAAAAGCAGAUUCGCUCCCUGCAGAGGGAAGGAGAUUCGUUCCCACUGACAGGCGCUUCAGGGAGAGUCCUGGGCAUGGUCCUGCGUAGCUACAACAACAGCUCUAAGCCGCUUUAUAUCUCUGUGGGUCACAGGGUGUGCCUGGAGACAGCUGUGCGGCUGGUCAAGUCCUGCUGCAGGUACCGCAUCCCGGAGCCUGUCCGUCAG